UUCUUUUUUUCCUUCUUCUUCUUCUUCUUCUCUCUCUUGUACAGCAUAAAAUGAAUUCAAUAAAAACCCAUCCCUAUUCAUCUUUUUUACCUCUAUUUCUUUUAAUAAUUUUCAGUAUCCAAACAAAUGCUCAAUACGAUGAUUCAGGACAAGAAGAAGAUUAUGAUAAUGAAGAGGAGAACUAUGAGGAUAAUGAUGACAAUGAUUAUGAAGAUGAUGAUGAUGAUAGUGGCAAUAAUACAACUACCUAUGAUGAUGGAACAUGGACUUCACGUAUGUAAACAGCAUCUAUUCAAUAUAUAUGUAUGUACAUAACAUAACAUUUUUUUUUUUUGCUUUGUCAUAUAAUACAGAAGCAACUACUACAACAGAUUGGUGGGAUACUACUACAACUUAUAUUCCUUCAACAACAGAAACAGAUAUUUUAACUUCUACUACUACAACAAUAGAUACGACAACUACAACUGACGUUACAACUACAACGACUGAUACUACUACGACUACGACUACUAC